AGAAGCUACUAAGCUCAAAAAUACAAUACCAAGAAAUACUGUCAACCUUAAUUUUUUUUAGUCACAUGCACCUUUACUUCAGCUUUGACCCUAAACAAGAUCUACGUAACCCUAUGGCAACGACCCUAUUCAUCUACCUCGGCUGGCACCGAGGUCUUGAAUCGCAGCUAAUAGGGCCAAGAUUGGUGUAAUGCGGAGAUGGUGGAAAUCAAAUGGCGCUAAAUUGGGUCUUCCCCAGAUUUGGAGGAGGCCCCGAAGCGACAAGGAGGAGAGAAGAGCAGGGAACCAACUACGUAGUACAUAUUCAGCUCCUCAUCUUUUUUCCCUUUCCUUUCAUCUAUUCUCCUCAUUCUCUCCUCUCCCCUCUAUUCUCUCGAUAUCCUCACUUUAAUCCCUAUUCAAGAUGGUCUUCUAUCCUCCUCCCUCAGUUAGCCUGCCCUUUGAUCCUCCUGAGUCAAUCACCAUCCCCGACUUCAUCUUCAGCGAUAAGCACGCUCGUAAACCCAUUGCUCAGUCUAGAAAUCCCUUCACAUGUGGUAUCUCCGGUAAGACGUAUACCACAGAAGAGGUUAUCCAGCGUGAGAAACUUCUCGCGCGCGCUCUUGCAAAGCGUCUUGGCUAUGAUGUCCACGAUGGAACAGAGUGGGAUAGAGUAGUGGCGCUGUUCUCAGUCAACACUAUUGACUACAUUACCAUGACCCAUGCUGUUCACCGUUUGAAUGGAAUCGUCACACCCGCCAGUGCCGCAUAUUCCGCCCCAGAACUCGAGCAUCAGCUUCGCUCAUCCGGCGCCAACGCACUUUUCACUUGUGUUCCUCUUCUUGAGACCGCUCUCACUGCCGCGAAGGCAGCCGGUAUCCCCGAGGAUCGCGUCUUCCUUCUACCCGUGCCCGGCUUUGAGUCUAAGCCACCUUUCAAGUCAAUUGAUGAUUUGAUCGCAGAAGGCAAGGAUACACCUGAGCUUCAGCCUCUGAAUUGGAUCAAGGGUCAAGGCUUGAGGCAAGUUGCGUAUCUAUGCUACUCCAGUGGAACAUCAGGUCUUCCUAAAGCCGUUGAGAUCACGCACGUCAAUGUAAUCGCAAACGUUAUGCAAAUGACGGUCCAAAAUGAGGAGGGCCGUAAAGCAGCGGGAGUCGACACUCAGGUUCAGCUUGGUCUCUUACCACUCAGUCACAUUUACGGCCUCGUCCCAGUCGCUCAUUGGGGCAUCUACAAUGGCGAUGAAACAGUCAUUCUGCCCAAGUUCGAGCUCAAGAUGUUCCUUGCUACCGUUCAACGCUUCAAGAUCGAACAAAUGGCCCUCGUCCCUCCCAUCAUGGUCCAAAUGCUAAGUCACAAAGCUGAAUGCCAAAAGUACGACCUCAGCUCUGUCCGCUUCAUCUUCAGCGGCGCUGCUCCCCUUGGAAAGGAGACAAUCUUUGGCUUGAACGAAAUCUGGCCCAAGUGGAAUAUCUGCCAAGGCUACGGUCUCACUGAAACAUCACCCGUGGUCUCGUCAACCACCGAACUCGACAUCGACCCCGGCUCCUCAGGAUCUCUGCUCCCUGGUAUCAAGGCUAAGGUCAUCGAUGCUGAAGGCAAAGAGGUUACAGAAUACAACACCCCGGGUGAACUCUACGUCCAAGGCCCCAGCGUCGUUUUAGGAUAUCUCAACAAUGCAAAGGCCACAGCCGAGACCUUUGUGAACCACAGCGAUGGCCGCUGGAUGCGAACAGGUGACGAGGUUAUCGUUCGCAAGUCACCUAAGGGCAUUGAACACCUUGUCAUCGUGGACCGAAUCAAGGAACUUAUUAAAGUCAAGGGCCACCAAGUCGCACCAGCUGAGCUCGAAGCACAUCUUCUCAGCCACCCUCUUGUCGACGACUGUGCCGUCAUUCAAGUCCCUGAUGACCGAGCUGGCGAAGUCCCCAAGGCCUUCGUCGUCAAAGCACCCGAGGCCAAGGGCAAGUCCGACGAGGAGGUCACAAAAAGCAUCAACAAGCACGUCGAAGAGCACAAGGCGCGGCACAAGUGGCUCAAGGGCGGCAUCGAGUUCAUCGAUAUUAUUCCCAAGAGUCCUAGUGGCAAGAUCCUGCGACGUCUGUUGAGAGACAAGGAGAAGCAGGCCCGAAAGGAGAAGGGGGCCAAGCUGUAAUGAUAUGGUGUAUAGAGAGUGUAAGAAAGAGAGGGAAAAUAUUAUGCGCUUCUUAUGAGGAAGCGGAGCGAUUAACGACUAUUAGAUGCAGUUUCCAGAAUCACUCGUGAAAUCACAUUGGUACAAGUCCGAGCAUUCAUCAAAGCACUGAGACGACUGCCUUGUAUUAAAGAAAGUCUAGUUGAGAUAUCUAUAAAGCGAAUGGAACUUUUGUAUUACAUCAAUGCAUUAAUCUUUACCUGAAGACUCUUAAGAUCCUCCGCCCCUUUUUUAUCUAGUCUUCUUCACACGUCAGUCCAAUA